AUGGAAGAUGACCGUAAAUCCGAACAGGAAAAAACGAGGAAGGAUAUUGAAGAGCUGCGAGAGAAGUUAGACGCCAUCCUCCUCGCCCUUGAAAAGGGGAAGACGAUUGCAGAAACUAGCAAUCCAAUCCACGAGCCACCAACCCCUCAGUUCCCGCCAGGUUUUGAGCCAUCUUUUCGGCCAGCGGGACCGUCUUUCAGGCCAAUGACAGAGGGAUUUAUGUCUCAAUACACAACGUACAACCCUCUUUAUGAUAUUCCAGCUGGGCAGUUCCCACCUCCGUUGGUCAGGGGACCUCCGCAAGCUCCAGCCGGCAUUAUUUUUCAAGAGCCAGAGCAAGUCAUAGCACCGCCUACAGUCCUUAAUCUGGGUGGUCCUCAAGCAAAUAAGGACCCAGAAAGACAGGAGGCCCCUAGCAGUGAGAAAUUAGAGGUUCUGGAGGAAAGACUGCGAGCAGUAGAGGGAACAGAUGUUUUUGGCAACAUUGAUGCCUCCCAACUAUGCUUGSUGUCGGGACUAGUCAUCCCUCCAAAGUUCAAAAUUCCAGAGUUUGAGAAGUACRAUGGUUCUUCUUGUCCUAAGAACCAUCUUAUCAUGUACUGUAGAAAGAUGGCAGCGUAUAUCCAGAAUGACAAGCUAUUGAUACACUGUUUUCAGGAUAGUUUGUCUGGCCCRRCUUCCYGUUGGUACAUGCAUUUAGACAGYGYCCAUGUURGUUCGUGGAAGAAUUUGGCUGAUUCCUUCCUAAAGCARUAUAAACAUAACAUAGAUAUGGMRMCCGACCGYUUAGAUYUGCAGAKGAUGGAGAAAAAAACCAYAGAAAGCUUUAAGGAGUACRCUCAAAGAUGGCGGGAUACAGCUGCUCAGKUCCARCCUCCUWUGACUGAUAAAGAGYUAUCUUCCAUGUUCAUUAACACCCUAAAACAUCCUUUUUAUGAUCGGAUGAUAGGAAGUGCUUCUACGAGCUUCUCCGAUAUUUUGACUAUUGGAGAAAGAAUUGAAUACGGGGUUAWGCAUGGUCGAAUAACCAGCACUGUUGGAGAAUCGUCAACMWCAAAGAAKGYGACAUCCUCGAAGAAAAAGGAAGGUGAGGUGCAAAUGGUAGGCGCCGACCGACACGUUUGGAGGCAACCACCAUAUGGUAAAACACMGCRGUAUGCUCCAUAUUAUUACCCGUCACCAUACGGAUAUAACCAACCGUAYGUGAAUARCGCUACUUUCCAGUAUACUGCCUCUCAGAAUUUUAGACCUCCAGCAAGUCAAGGCUUCCAGCCCAGGGGUUACCAGCAAAAUACCGUUUAUACUCAGGGGCAGCAGAACAACAGAUCGACACGUAAGCAAUCCCAGUUUGACCCAAUUCCAAUGACUUACACUGAGCUCCUGCCCCAGUUAUUUCAGAAUAAUCAACUGGCACCGGUACCCGUGGAUCCGAUCCAGCCUCCGUACCCAGGAUGGUAUGAUGCAAACGYCCGCUGUGAUUACCACGCAGGAGCUAUCGGGCAUUCUACAGAAAAUUGCACAGCACUUAAGUACAGAGUCCAAGCGUUGAUCAAGGCAGGAUGRCUGACCUUUAAGAAAGAAAAUKGUCCGGAUGUGAAAAACAAUCCGCUGCCAAACCAUAAGAAUGUACAAAUAAAUGCAGUUGAAUGUCAAGGGAUCGAAUCAAGGAGUAAAGUAUCAGAAAUUACAACUCCUAUGCAGRAGUUAUUUGAAAUCCUUUGGAGMCACGGGUAUAUGUCCAUGGAGCAUCUYUGYCCAGAUAUCAGGUGUGAAAGAUAUGAUGAAAACCUGACAUGCCCGUACCACGCUGGGGCAAGAGGUCAUCCUCUCGAGCAGUGCAGUUGUUUUAAAGAGAAAGUACAAGAGUUGCUGGACUUGAAAAUCCUCACAGUUACUCAAUCUCACCAGGAACAAAGGAUAGAUGUGGUAGAGUAUGUUUCAACUGCUGAAAGCUCAAGCGCUGCUUAUAAGCCAAAACCUCUCACGGUAUUGUAUCGUGAAAAGCCUGAGGUACCCAGCAACAGUUGGAGGCCAAUCACUAUCCAGGUCCCCGCUCCGUUCGAGUAUAGCAGUUCCAAAGCAGUGCCUUGGAAAUAUGAGUGUAAAGUAACUGUUGGUCAAAAGGCACAAUCUUCCUCACUCCCAGUCGACAAUAUUACGAGAGGGGGAGGUAUGACACGAACUGGGAGGUGCUAUACUCCAGAGAGCUUGCUAAAGCACACGAAUAAGCCCAACAGUACAAAUAAAAAAGAGAAAGCAAGCGAAAAGAAAAAUGAAAAGGUAGAACAAGAUAAAAAGGGGAAGGCCAAGCUCGGUGAAGACAUUUAUGAUGAAUUUCAGGAGGCAGUGGGCCCAAAACAACCGGUGUCCGAGGAAGAGACUCAGGAGUUUCUUAAGCUAAUCAAACADAGUGAGUACAAGAUUAUUGAACAAUUGGGCCGAACACCAGCAAGGAUCUCUAUUUUAUCUUUGCUGCUAUCCUCCGAGUUGUUAAGAAUGUUGGAAGAAGAAGAAAAGACGUUGGGACCCCAUGGGGAGUCAACUGAGAUAGUUAACUUGGGAUCGCAAGCCGAGGUCAAAGAAGUAAAAAUUGGCACGAACAUGUCUUUAGAAAGUCGUAAGAAGUUAAUAGAAUUACUUCAUGAGUUUGCUGAUGUAUUUGCUUGGUCUUAUCAAGACAUGCCUAGUUUAGACACAGACAUUGUGGUCCACAAGUUGCCAAUCAACCCAGAGUGCAAGCCUGUGAGACAGAAAUUACGGAAAAUGAGACCAGAUAUGUUAAUCAAAGUAAAGGACGAAGUAAGGAAACAAAUUGAUGCUGGUUUCCUUACAGUAUCCAAUUAUCCAGAGUGGGUUGCAAACAUAGUCCCAGUACCGAAGAAAAAUGGACAAGUACGAAUGUGUGUGGACUACAGGGAUUUGAAUCGUGCGAGUCCAAAAGACAACUUCCCGCUUCCUCAUAUUGAUGUGUUGGUAGACAAUACUGCCGGUUUCUCUACUUUCUCUUUUAUGGAUGGAUUCUCAGGAUACAACCGGAUCAAGAUGGCACCUGAAGAUCGUGAAAAAACCACAUUCAUUACACUAUGGGGCACCUUUUGCUAUAAAGUUAUGUCAUUUGGGCUAAAGAACGCUGGGGCAACCUACCAGCGUGCUAUGGUUACCCUAUUUCAUGACUUGAUGCACAAAGAAAUUGAGGUUUAUGUAGAUGAUAUGAUCGCCAAGUCAAGGCAAGGAGAAGAGCAUACACUUGUCCUAAGAAAGCUAUUUGAGCGAUUGAGGAAAUUCCAGCUAAAACUCAAUCCCAAUAAGUGCACAUUUGGGGUAACCUCUGGGAAACUUCUCGGCUUUGUAGUAGGCCAGGAAGGCAUUAAAGUCGAUCCUGAUAAAGUCAAAGCAAUUCUAGAGAUGUCACCUCCCAAAACAUAAAAAGAAGUCAGAGGAUUCUUAGGACGACUCAAUUACAUCGCGAGAUUCAUUUCCCACCUGACGGCAACUUGCGAGCCCAUUUUCAAAUUGCUUCGCAAGAACAACGACGGGAUAUGGGGCGAGGAUUGCCAAGUAGCAUUUGACAAGAUUAAGCAAUAUUAGCAGAGUCCUCCAAUUCUUGUGCCACCAACUUCAGGUCGACCCCUCAUUUUAUAUCUCACGAUGACGGAAAACUCCAUGGGAUGUGUGCUGGGGCAGCAUGAUGAUUCAGGCAGGAAGGAGCAGGCCAUAUACUACUUAAGUAAGAAGUUCACCGAUUGCGAGACUARAUACUCUCCMGUAGAAAAGACUUGUUGUGCUCUAGCUUGGGCUGCCCAUCGUCUUAGACAAUAUAUGUUGUAUUAUACGACAUGGCUCAUCUCAAAAAUGGACCCCAUAAAGUACAUUUUUGAAAAGCCAUCUCUCUCGGGUAGAAUUGCAAGAUGGCAAGUACUCUUAUCCGAGUACGAUAUUGUCUAUGUAACUCAAAAGGCAAUUAAGGGGAGUGCUCUAGCUGACUACCUAGCCCAACAACCCAUAAACRACUAUGAAGCAAUGAAGUUCGACUUCCCAKACGAGUAUAUCUCCACCAUAACCACAGAUGAAGAAAAUUUAGACCCACAAGCAUGGACUAUGAUGUUUGAUGGUGCYUCUAACGAGCUAGGUCAUGGGAUAGGGGCAAUAUUAAUARCWCCCRAAGGAAAUUUGUUUCCUCUUACCGCUAGAUUAUGUUUCGACUGCACGCAUAAUAUGGCUGAGUAUGAAGCAUGUUCUAUGGGUAUCCAAGCUGCUGUGGAUAUGAAAGUUAAGAAACUCAAGGUCUUUGGAGAUUCUAUGCUAGUGGUUUAUCAAUUAAGAGGAGAUUGGGAAACAAGAGACACCAAAUUGCUGCCU